UGGGCCGGGAGCCGUGAGCGGGCGGGGAUGGCGGGGGCCCGGGGCUGCCCCCAGGCGGGCUCCGGGGAGCGGGCUCUGGCCGAGCUGCUGCUCGAGUUCUCUCGGGCGCAGUAUCGGGCCAAGGACGGGGGCGGCGGCGGGGCCGGGAGCAGCGCGAAGGUGGAGAGGAUUGAGAAGCGCUGCCUGGAGCUGUUUGGCAGGGACUAUUGCUACAGCCUGAUCCAGAAUGUGAAUGGGGAAAUUUGUGGCCACUAUCCCCGGCAGAUCGUCUUCCUAGAGUACGAGAGCACUGACAGGGAGCGGAACAUGUUUGAGAGCACUGUGCAGGUCAGCAAACUGCAGGACCUCAUCAACCGCAGUAAAAUGGCCAGAUGUAGAGGACGAUUUGUCUGCCCAGUCAUUCUGUACAAGGGAAAGGAAUGUCCUUUCUCCCUGCAUUCUGAACAGUGUUUACUGGAGCUGUGCAGAGGUGUCUCUUUGCAGGAUUACGUAGAUGCUCCAUUAAGUAUCCCAGUGUCUCUGACUCGGUCUUUGAACAUUGACUGGAGCGAGUACCAGAGCUGGGACCUGGUGCAACAGACACAGAACUACCUGAAGCUGCUGAUCUCACUCAUCAAUGGGGACGAUGACAGCGGGCUUCUGGUACACUGUAUAUCCGGCUGGGACCGAACCCCUCUCUUCGUCGCCCUCCUGCGCCUCUCCUUGUGGGCCGAUGGGCUUAUCCACGCCUCGCUGGAGCCUGCGGAGAUUCUUUACCUGACAGUGGCCUAUGACUGGUUCCUUUUCGGGCACAUGUUGGUUGAUCGGCUCAGUAAAGGAGAAGAGAUUUUCUUUUUCUGCUUCAAUUUUCUGAAGCACAUCACCUCUGAGGAGUUCUCUGCUGUGAAGCUGCAGAGGAGGAAGAGCCUGCUGCCUGGCUUCACGGUGGAAGAAAUCUGCAUGCUCAAGCAGAGGGAUCGGGGCAGCACCACGAGCCUGAGCAGUGACUUCUCCCUAGUGCUGGAGAGUUCACCAGGAGCAGCUGGGAGCUUCACCUCUGAGGCUGUGGAGCUGAUGCCAGCUGGCGCACAGACCCAGGCCGCUUGGAGGAAGAGCCGUACAUCCUCUCCCCAAACGGUGCUCUGGAGCCGGACCCCACAGUCUGAAGACAGACCGCCUUACCAGGAAGCAAAGUCCUCUAGCUCCUCCUCCUCAAACCAUUCUGACACCUUCCUGAGGGUUGGAAGCAGCCCACUGGAGGUCCCGAAACCCAGAUCAGUGGACCACUCCCUGCCUGGAUCCUCCGUUUCUACAGACUUUGGCAGCUGGCAGAUGGUAACAGGGUGUGGCAGUAUUCAGGAGCAUGCAAUCCUGAGCACAGACGCCGCUCUCCCUGGCAGCUUCCCGGAUGAGCUCCCUAACAGUUGCCUGCUGGUGCCAGUGGCAGGCCGCGAGUCCCGGCUGGAGGAGGUGCGCUCUGCUUUCCUAGCCACCUACAGCAGCACCAUUGGCCUGAAGGCUGCGCCAUCCAGCCCCUCCGGAGCCCUUGGGGGCCUGCUGGAGCAGUUUGCACGGGGCGUUGGACUGAGAGGAAGCAGUAGCACCCUCUGAACAUGUUGCACACCUUGGACUGGCUCCUUUGUGUGUCCAGCAGCUGAAGGAACCUAAAAGCCAUGCGAGUGCCAGAGCUGCCCCUUGGGCCUGUCCUGCCCCCUGCACCUGGGGCCCAGUCCAGAGCGGGCAGGGGCUCCUCCCCCUGCCAGCCCUGCCAGGCUGAGACCGAUCUUUUCA